UUCUCCCAAACAAAUUCUCAGUUAAGUCAAUAAUCAAACAACAAUAAAUAAAUACCGGCAUUUAACAAAUAAGCGUCAAGUUUUUUCAACUUGUAAAUGUUUAGUUAAACUUUAGUUCGCUCAAUUGCAACACGAGAUGCUCCUCAGGAUUAUUCCUAUCACCAUUUUAAUAAAUUUGGCUCUUUGUCACGUUACCAAAACAGCCAGACUUAACCCACUAGUGCUAAAAAAACGAUAUUUAACAUUCCCUGAAGGCAGCAAUUUUGUGCUAACUUUAUCUCUCCUUAAAGCCUUACUAAUUGUACAGCCCCGAGGAUGGAACCUCGCGCUGGAAAUGGACGUGCCUUUUGACCUCCCAAGUGACACCAAAUGGUUCAAGAAGCAGAAAUUGCACAAACGCGAUGUUUUGUUUCAAUUGGAAAAAGCUUUCUUUCAAGGGGGUUUGAAUGGUAGUGCAUGUGUGAAAAGGAUGAUUUGUGACGCUCAUCAUUAUAUUCACACGGAAGGAAAAUCUCUAGUCGCAGACUUCUUAUCGGCUAUUUUCAUGUCGUCUGAAAUUGAUUUCGGAGUGAGAUACGAGGAUUCCUGUCGUGCCAUAACGGCCACGGAAUGCGAAAUACCAUUUCUCAGCUACAUUUUGGGCAGUUUGUUUACCACAUAAAAAUUAUUUGAAGCGGAAACGCGCCUUAUUUUUAGAGUUUAUUGGAGUAAUGCACAAGUGAAUGUGAUGUUUUCAGAGAGCUAGUCGAUUAAUUUUUCUACUCUAUUUAGUUUCGAUAAAUACGAAACAAACUUUUGGGUGUAUUGUACGGUUUUACAGACAAUAAAUUUUAAUAAAAGUCAA